AUGAAUUCAUAUAAAGAAGAGAUAUUAAAAGAUAUUCCUCAUUUUAAUAAUUGGAAAACCAUAACACCAAUUAAUAAAGGAUUUUCAAAUGAUUUAAAAUUCAAAGUUGAAUUAAAAGAAGAACUACAACAACAACAACAAAUGAAAUUUCAAUUACUUAGAAUAUCAGAAUCAAAAUUAUUUAAAGAGAAGGAUAUUGAAUUUUCAACAAUUAAAAUAUUUAAUAGUGUAUUAUUAAAUGAUGAUGAUGAGAAAUUAGAAGUUGAAAUGUCAAAACCAAUUGAUAUUGGAUUGUGUAAUGAAGAAAAGAAUGUUUGGAUGUUACUAACAUGGAUUGAAGGUGAAGAUUUUAAUGAUUCAAUCUUUAAUGAAUCAAUUGAAAAUCAAUAUAGAUUAGGUUUAAAUGCUGGUAAAAUUUUAAAAAGAUUUCAUUUGAUACCAUUAUCAUCAUUAAUUAAUAAUAAUAAUGAUACUACCACACCACCACCACCACCACCACCACCACCAAUAAUUAAUACUGAUAGAUUAGAAAAAAGGUUAGAAGUAAUCUCAAGAUUUGAAAAAGAUAUUAAUGGUAAAUUUAGAUUUGAAAAUGACCAAUGUAUAAUUGAUUAUUGUAAAUUAAAUUUAGAAAAAGUUGUGAAAAUAAAUGAAAAUUUACAAAAUUCAAAAUUAGUUUUAAAACAUAAUGAUUUUCAUUUUGGUAAUAUGAUAUUAAUAAAAAAUAAUAAUGAUAAUAAUGAUAAUAAUGAUAAUAAUGAUAAUGAUACUAGUAAAUUAGGUAUAAUUGAUUUUAAUAGAAGUCAAUUUGGUUAUGGUUAUCAGGAAUUUCACAAAAUUCAAUUUUUUAAUGUUGGAUUAAGUAUACCAUUUUGUGUUGGUCAAAUUGAUGGUUAUUUUAAUAACAAAGAACCACCCUCUGAUUUUUGGUAUUCUUUUACAACUUUUGUUGCUACAUCUUGUCUUGGUGGAAUAGUUUGGGCUGAAUCAAUUGAUGAUAAUCAAAUUGAAUUAAUGAAAGAAAGAUGUAAAAUCAUUUUAAAUCAUUUUGAUAAUUUUAAUUUAAUAAUACCAAAAUGGUAUACAAAUUUUAAAAAUAAUAAUAAUAAUUAA